GACAUAGAGUAGAGAAAGGGAAUGGAAAAGUGGGACCUGGGGGGAGGGGGAAAGAAAGGAGAACCGCGUAAAAUGGAGGAGAGAAUUGUAAAUAAAGAAAAGAAUAGGGUUUGAAGAAUACAAAAAUGACACCCAUAAUAAUAAACAACGUUGGGGGUUUGUUAUGCUAUAAAUUGCUUCCCCCACUCUGUCUUUUCCAAUCAAACCAUUAUUUGUUUGCGUAAUACAGAGUCCUCUGUUAGCAUAUGUCUCAUAGACCCAUCGUUCCUCAUUAUUCCUCCAUUGCCUUCCAUCUUCAUUCCCAUCUCUUGGUUUCUAGUGAGAUGAACUCUAAUUCCAACUGGUCUUUUUAAUCCCUAUUUUCUCUGUCUUUUCCGUUUCCCCAUAUCAGAUCUCUCCAUAUUUCUCUCUCUUUCCGAUUCUCUUCUUUCUUUCCCGAGAAAAUCUCCACUCCUCAACAAUGGGUGUCAAGGGAUUUGUCGAAGGUGGAAUUGCUUCCAUCGUUGCCGGUUGUUCCACCCACCCGCUUGAUCUAAUCAAGGUCCGAAUGCAACUUCAGGGUGAGACCCCUGCUCCCACCGCUGCGGUUAAUAACCUCCGCCCUGCUCUCGCUUUUCAAACCACCUCUGUAACUGCUCCGAGGUCUAUUAAUAUUCCUCCCCCGCCGCCUCCGACGGCGCGUGUUGGUCCAAUCGCUGUUGGAGUUCGUAUUGUGCAGCAGGAAGGAGUCGCCGCUCUUUUCUCUGGCGUUUCCGCCACCGUUCUACGACAGACUCUGUACUCCACUACCCGUAUGGGGCUUUACGAUAUUCUAAAACAAAAAUGGACCGAUCAGGAUACCGGAAAAAUGCCGCUCAUUCGGAAGAUAUCGGCCGGUUUGAUCGCCGGUGCGGUAGGUGCUGCAGUUGGCAACCCGGCUGAUGUAGCGAUGGUCCGAAUGCAAGCCGACGGACGGCUACCAUUGGCGCAGCGUCGGAAUUACAAAAGCGUGGUCGACGCCAUAACCCAGAUGGCACGUGGGGAAGGCGUGACGAGUCUGUGGCGUGGUUCCUCGUUGACGGUGAACCGUGCGAUGCUCGUAACGGCUUCGCAGCUCGCAUCGUACGAUCAGAUCAAGGAGACGAUUCUGCAGAAGGGAUUGAUGAAGGACGGACUGGGGACACACGUGACGGCGAGUUUCGCCGCUGGAUUCGUGGCGGCGGUUGCGUCAAAUCCAGUGGAUGUGAUCAAAACCAGGGUGAUGAACAUGAAGGUAGAGGCAGGGGCGGCGCCACCGUACUCCGGCGCGUUGGAUUGCGCGUUGAAGACGGUACGGGCGGAGGGCCCAAUGGCACUUUACAAAGGAUUCAUUCCGACGAUUUCACGUCAGGGACCAUUCACGGUGGUGCUGUUUGUGACGCUGGAACAAGUCCGGAAGGUGUUUAAAGAUUUCUAAUUAAAGAAUGAUGAUGACGAAAAUUGUAACAUUUUUAAGGAUAUAUUCCACCAUAAAUCGAUGUGUUUAAGUUCGAGGUUAUUUUAAUUUUAUGGGACUAUUAUAAUUCCCUUUUUUUCCAA